UGCGUUCAUUAUUAUUACCCGAUCAUACGGUAUAGAGUACGAUUGAAGAAACUUUUCGGAAUUUCGUUGCCUGCCUUUUGCUGCUCGCAUGAAAUAGAUCAUACGAGGGAAAAAAAUUAAAUAAAUUACUACACACAAUUUUUUGCGUGUGCCUACACGUUUUUUACUUUUUUUUUUAUCUCAAGAAUUCGAAACUAUAACCACAGGGGGUGAUCACAGCCAUGAGCGCAGCAUUUGAGAUACUUUUCUAUUCUAUUUCAAUCGUUUUAUGUUUCUUUUGAUUCCACUGUAUCUUCUUCAUCUUCUUCGUUCGGUCAUACAGAUAGGUAUAUGGAGAUAUAAGUUCAAGGGAGAUGAAUUGACGGUAUUAUACUUAUGUAUCUAUAGGUAGGUAUAUACCCCAUAAAUAUGUAUAAAACGAAACCGCAGUACAGACGCAUAUGUAUAUAAUAGUCCUAUAUAAACUUCUCCAUUCGAAGAGUAUUUGUUUUUUUUUCUUCCUCAUUUCUGUCUCUUUUUUUUCACCAUGUUUAAAUAAAGAAUGGGAUAAGAACAGAGAAGUACAUAAGACGGGGCGCGUUGGGAAAACGAGAGCGAAACAGGGGCGAAAAAGAAAACGAACGGAAAAAAAAGUAUAGCAAGUAACGAAAACGACGGGUAUAACAAGACUCUACACCAGAUCCGCUAAUAGGGCUAUUCGGUCCAAUAAAAAUAUGGCUGAUCUUGAGCCACAGAAAAUAAGAUACAUUUAGAAAAAAAAAAAAAAUAAAAGGUCAUCCGACCAAGGUAAAAUAUAAAAGUAUAAAACUCGUAAAGUAGUAAAAUGGUAAAUUUCUAUACCAAGUUGUUAUUUUUUUGAAUUUUUAAUUCGUUUCUGUUUUAGUUAUUUAUUUUUAGUUUUUUUUUCUCCAAUCGCACAACCAAUUCUAUAAGAUCAAUAAGAAUUGUAUUCCUUUUUUGGAAUUUCUUAAAUCAAUAUAUAUCGAGUUAAGAUUGUGAAGGAAAAAAGGAAAAUUAUUUCCAGCAUUUUUUAACAAUUCUACAUACUUUUAUCGUUACUAAAUGACUGCAGUUCGCCGUUGUAUUGCAGCGGACGAUUCGCUGUGGUAUUUACCAUCGCGCGACGUGUGCGCGUAUUUUAUUAGCCAAAACUAUCAUUCCAUACACGCAUACAUGCAGUUUAUGAUAUAUACCGAGUUUGUAAUACGCAUCGUAUUUCAACGACAAAUAUUUAAUCAUGAUAACAAGCUUAUGUUAUGGGACUAUAAAUCACAGCUAUAUAAUCAAAUUCGUAUCGAUUGUUCAAUGAAUGAGAUGAGCUAUACAAUUUCUGCGAUGAUAUGAUCAUAAAACUAAUAACAACAAGAAUUACCCAAAUCCAAGACAUAAACAGCCAGGUCGCACAAUUUCGGGAUUUGUUAAUUAACAUUGGUCAACCACGCGACAGUCCAGAACUUCGCGAACGGAUCCGAAAACUGCGUCGAAGCUGCGUCGAAGCUUGCAAAAAUACUUCACAGCUUGUCCUACCGCAAAUCCGCAGCUCUAUGGAUCAAGGAUUUCCAGCGGACAGUCCUAAUCUCGUUUUAUUAUUUUUCGUCACACAACUUUUUCUACGAGAACUGUACAAAAGCAAAAACCUUUUACGAAUAGUUCCGAUGGACAUGACUGGAUAUUACGAAAGUAAGGCGGGUCCUUCGAAUAUUGGAAACGUGAUAUCGCAGAUCCUUCUUUGUAAACAGAUAACGCCGAAUUUCCACGAGGAGGAACUCUGCAGCAUACAAAAAGACUCCGAGGAAAUUAACGCGCUCAUCAAGGAAUUGCAGGAAUUCAUGCCUCAGUCCGAAGCUGAUACAGAAAAGCACGUUGCUCUUCAAGACGCGGCGACGCGUACGAACGGUGCAAAUCGAACCAGUUAUCGAUGGGAUACAAAAUCCGGAAACUCUUCGUAUUUUCAGGGGAGCUUUAGUUUCCUUUGCUGCACAGGACGACCGACCAAUAUUUAGCGACAGUAUAAUUUUAAUUGUUACUGUAAUAAGGAAACAAAUUGGAAGGAAAACAAAGAAAAUGAUGAGCAAACCUGCAGUUAAAGAUUAUUGAAGAAUUGGAAAAGAAACUUCUGACGCAAGAUGAAAAUAUUACAGUAUCAAUUACUUCGAUAUAGUAUUCUUUAAACAUUCACGUAACUAUACCAACAAAUAUUCUGCUUUCUACGGAAAUGUGUAGCACAUUUAGUCAUCAGAACCAUUGAUCGUCAAUUAUAUCCUGCAGAUAUUUGGCCCGCAAUAAUUAUACUAUUUCAAAAUUAUAAUAAAUACCUAUAUAGAUGUAAAUCUAAACCACGUACAACAUACUUCUAAAUUCAAACGAAGUUUAUCUAAAUUAUCAUAAAAUAAAAGUCUACAAAGGCAAGUGAUUUUACAGCGGAGUGCCAACCGCAUCACACUAAAUUCUAGAUUAGCAUUAGAACCAAAGUUAAAAAAAAAAGUGAACUAAUAAUAAUUGAUUUUAUAUAUAAACACAAUUAUGUAACUACUAUAUACCUAAACGUGUGAUUAUUAGAUGAUAGAUUUAAUUCUUUUUGACGCACGAUCGCACUCAUAGGGUCCAACAGGAUGCCUCUUCGAUUAAAUGUAAUAAAAGUAGACAAAUGAAUAUUGAAGCGAUAGCUUACAUGUGCAUAUCUAGGAAUAAUCUCCAAAUGACCUGAUGAAUCUCAUUGAUAAUUACAAUACAUAUAUUCAGACUCACAUUCGCAUACGAUGCAAGGAUUUUAUCAAUACAAAAAAGGCUUUUUUACCACCAGCAAGUAUUGCUUAGGCCUGCAGAAAAAUAUUUUCGAAGGUCCCCAUACUUUUGAAAACUUAGACACCCUGCAUAGGAACUGAACUUAUAUUUGACAUCAUCGAUCUAUUUCCUAGAAAAAAUAAUAAUAUCUUGAGCUAGACCAAGGUUUUAGGUGGACGUUGAACUAUUCGAUAAUACCUUUUGAGAUAUUAUACAUAUACAAUAUAGUUGGUGAAUUUGAGUAUUAUUAUAUUACAUGAGCAAGCCAAUGUAAUGGAACUAUUUCUAAUAAUUCAAUGUUGCCUAAUUUGUAAAUAAAUGGAGUUUUCUUGUUUAAAACUGAAUAAUUUACGUUUAUAUGGUGUACUAUGUAGUUUGUGAGCGAUUAUACAUUUGUAUAUUGUUCAUCCGAAAAUAUUGAUAUUAUAUCCAGUAGUAAAAAAAUAGUAUAAUGACACGAGAUUCUUGACUGUACUCUUUGAGGCAAUGAGAAACAAAACAAAACAGUUAGAAAAGAAUAAUUAAUACUACAUUUAAUUACACUAAAUUUAAAUGUAACUAUAACAUUAUUAUGUGUAAGUGGACCAACACCAAAUUGUAAUCAAGAAAACUUUCAAUAUUAUUCGCAUUAUACAUGCAUAAAUAUAGAAAAAUAUACAAUGAUAUAUUAUACCUACGUAGCAUUAUCGGUUGCUAAUUAGUUAGAGUGAGUUACGAUACAUAAAUUGAAUAUCGUUUUUCGUUUUAUACAUCCAUCAUGGAAUUGUACCUAUUAUACACAGAAACGCGUCAUUAACUUAGUAGAUUGAUAAAGUUUAGAGGUAUUUGCCUCGUGAUAGUGAUAAUAGAUACUAGGGGUUAUAUGUAAAAUUAAUGAUAUUAUUAUUAGUACUAUUAUUACAUUUGAGAAACUAAUUAUGUAUGAAAAAACUAUGCAAUACAAUUCGUGAGUACCUCUUGUGAUUAGAAGAGUUUAAGGGCAAAAUUACUCUGUAUAUUCUGAAUACUUUGUCACCAUCCGGAAGAUCUUGUAAUUGCUAUUAUUAUUUUCAAACCUAGUCAAAUUUCCGCAUAUUGAAUAUGAAAAAUGAAAUAGACUAAAUCGACCAAACAGGAACUCCAAUGCUCAGUUAUUUUUUUCUUUGUAAGAAACUAGGUAAAGAAAUUGAUGUUAAGAAUUGCAUAAAAUUUCACACAGGAGAUAAAACUCCAACACUAAAGAUCUGGGCAGCAUGUACCUUAACGUAUCCGAACCACUUUUGUUGUAUCCAACUCACAUGGUUCAAAAGAACUAUCGGUGUUGAUUGAUCUCUGGAUAAUAAACAAAUACAAAAGUUAUACAUAA